AUGGAUGUCCCUCAGCCGAAGGCAGACGGUAAGGGCCGUCGCGGGAGCUUGGGUUCGCAAAACUCCCAAACCGCCAAAGAAUAUAUCGACUCGCAGAUGCAGAUGGAGGCUGAUGCGCGGGAAGCUCUGCCUUAUUCCUUCGAUUCGUGUACAUACGCCCUCGGACCAUUGCGACAGAAUCUCUUUGCCUGUCUUACUUGCAAUCCACCGACCAGCACCGAAGCCGAUAAAAAUACUUCCACUCCCUCUGCCGCCGUCUGCUAUUCUUGCUCGAUUACGUGUCACGGCGAGCAUACUCUAGUCGAGCUCUUCAACAAGCGCAACUUUGUAUGCGACUGUGGAACUACUCGCAUGCCCCCGUCGGCUCCUUGCACACUACGUGAAGAUCCCAAGACUGGCUCUAAAGGCGUGCACUCCCAAGAAGCCGCGCCGGGUAACCAGUAUAACCAGAACUUCCAGAACCGCUUCUGUGGCUGUGGUGAACAAUACGAUCCACAUAUAGAGAAGGGUACAAUGUUUCAAUGCCUUGGGGUCGGCACGGUUGAGACUGGGGGAUGUGGCGAGGAUUGGUGGCAUCCAGAAUGUCUGAUCGGUCUUCAGAGGACCUCAGCCGAGAAUAAUACUACCUUAGUUGCGCUAGGCGGUGGUGAUGCGGCCGUGGAUGGUGCUGGUGGUGCUGCUGAGGAGGAUGAAGAGACUCCACUUCCUCCCGGAUUCCCUGCAGAGGAUGAUUUCUGGCAACUUAUCUGCUUUAAGUGCCUUGAUUCUAACCCGUGGCUGAAGCGGUACGCGGGGACGCCCGGGUUUCUCCCUCCAGUGUUUAAGGAAGGUGGUUUGAAGAAGAUUUCAGCCUCCGAUGCCAACAAGUCGACCGCAAACAAGUCGACCGCAAACAAGUCGACCGAAGAGAAGUCGACCGCAGAUACCUUGAUCGCGGACAACUCGAAAAAGCGCAAAGCCAACGAUGAGUCGGAAUCUCAGGAGGGACCAAAAGCGAAGCGGGCCAAGGAAGAGACUUUCUCAGUCCAAGAGCCGCAGUCUCAGCUUUCUACUAUUGAUGAAGAACCCGCAAAUGAGAAGGACAUCCGCCCUACUCCGGCCUCUGUGCCUACCCCGAAACACGCCUCUCUCCCUAAGUCAGCUCCGGUGGAGUCGUUUUCUCUCUUCGUUCAAGAAAACUUUUAUGAUCGUCUCUGUCGAUGUCCCGAAUGUUUCCCUCAUCUCGCCAAUCACCCACAGCUGCGCGAGGAGGAAGAUACAUACGAGCCCCCUCUUUCGGAAGAUGGCGAUGCCAACGGUGCCCCCAGCACAGGCACUGGAAGUAUUCUUGAACGCGGCGAGGCCGCCUUUAACAACAUUGAUCGUGUGCGUGCCAUCGAGGGCGCGUUUGUUUACAACCACCUUCGCGACAAGGUUAAAGAGUUCCUGAAGCCAUUCGCCGAGAGCGGACAGGCUGUUCGCGCGGAAGACAUCAAGGAAUAUUUCGAGAAGCUGCGUGGCGACGAUCAAGGAAUUAAAGAUGCAGCAGGCCACGCAUCGACUAUGAGCGGUGGUGGUCGCGAUGAUCCUGACGAGAACAACCGACAUGAGCAAAAUGGCUACUGA